GCUAAAUCGAUUGCCGAGCGUCAUCUCCUCCCUAACCAAGAUGGCGGAGCUGAUCAAGCAGGCACAGCUUCAAAAGAGUGUGAAAAUUGCUCCAGGUGCUGUUGUAUGUGUGGAAAGUGAAAUUAAAGGAGAUGUUACAAUCGGUCCUAGAACAGUGGUUCACCCAAAGGCUCGCAUAUAUGCAGAAUCGGGUCCAAUUAUAAUCGGGGAAGGAAACCUCAUUGAAGAGCAGGCUUUCAUUAGAAACGGGUUUCCUGAAAACAUCGCACCUGACUCACAAGAUGUUGAACCAAAGACCAUGAUCAUUGGCACUAACAAUGUGUUUGAAGUUGGAUGUUAUUCUCAAGCAAUGAAAAUUGGCGACAAUAAUGUGAUUGAAUCCAAAGCAUACGUAGGUAGAAAUGUUAUCCUAACAAGUGGCUGCAUUAUUGGUGCCUGCUGCCAGGUCGAUACGUGUGAAGUCAUCCCGGAGAACACUGUCAUCUAUGGAUCGGAUUGUCUACGCAGAGUACAGACUGAGCGCCCCCAGCCUCAAACGCUUCAACUGGAUUUCUUAAUGAAAAUUCUUCCUAAUUACCAUCACCUAAAGAAGACAACUAAAAUGACAUCUACCCCGAUGAAAAACUGAACUACUCAGGGCAAAAGAUCUCGUGUCAAGUCUGUCCCCCUUCCAUAACCUCGUAUUCUAAAGCAUUUGUUUUCUUUGUCAUUUUAACUGCAUUACUUUCAGUUGAAAAUGCUAUUUAUUUGUAGUGUAAGGUCUUACUAUGCGGUCACCUUACAUUGAAAAGGAAAGUGUAAAUGAAAGCUAGCAGUGAGAGGAUACUGUCCUUAAUGAUAGCACACCUUGCCUCUGUCACAAUAAAGCUUUGAAAAUAAACUUGACUUAUAUUAUUA